AUGAGUCGUGUGCUGGCUGUGGCUGGCCGGGAGCUUAUUAUUAGAGAGGACCACCGCCUGGACAGCGAGGCAGGGUGCGUUGUGUGGGACGCCGGGCUCUGCCUCGUAUACUACCUGGAUCACGCAGCGUCCCUCGUGGCUGGCAAGCGCGUGAUUGAGCUGGGCUGCGGGCCGGGAGCGGUGGGGUGCACUGCAGCGGCUCUUGGGGCGGAGAGCGUCGUCCUGACCGACCUGCCGCAUCUGCUGCCGCUCGUGCGCUCCAACAUCGAGGCCAACCCCCUGGGCGGGGUUGCCACCGCUGCGGCGCUUGCCUGGGGCGAUCCCGUGGGCCACCUGCAGCCGCCCUUUGACCUGGUCCUCGCCUCGGACGUCCUCUACCAAGCCGAGGCGCUGCCGCUGUUUGUGCAGACCCUGGCCGCGCUUUCCUCUCCCCGCACGCUGACCGUGCUGUGCAACGAGCACCGCCCCGCGCUGCCCUUCCCCUGGCAGCUCUUCCGUGCGGCUGGCUUUGAGGUGCGGCAGGUGCCGCUGAGCGAGCAGCACCCAGAGUGGAGCAGCGAAGACAUCCAUCUGUUCCACAUCCGGCUGGCCUGCAACACAAGUGACGGCGGCGACAGCUGA